UAUCCCAUCACAACAAAGAAGUUAGGUCUUGCUAGUUUUCUGUACAAGAUAUAUUACAAUUGUAAAUGUAAUUGCUUAAGGCCUGUUACUAAUACUAAACAACAGGACAUAUUGUCAUAUUAAAACCCCCUAAUGAGGAGGUAAGCACAGUUCCAGGAUGCUACACAAGAUGUGAGUGUUACUAGACUCAUGCAGUUUUUGCCCUAAGUAUAUUGUGCUUUUAUAAUUUGUGCAGUAUCACACCUCCACCCAGCAUCAGAUAUUGAUCUUACCUAAGAUGUAUAGUUGAGAUGUAUCAGCCCAAAAUAUUUAAUACAAAUAAGGCAGUAUUUCUCAAGAGGAAAUUAGAGCAGUUCUGGGGCAAAGUCAUGGCUCCAUAUGUAUCAUUACAAAACGUCCCAUAGAAAUUAAUUCAUCAUUGUUUUUAGCAAAAUCUUUUUAUACAUAAAAAGAUACAAAGCGUAUCAGUGGUGUGUGGCAUUUUGCCUAGAUCACAUUUGAAAAUUCUAAAUGAACACUUAAUUUUGUGCUUAAAAUCGUCAACUUCUUCAUUGUUCUCUCUGUGAGCCUGGUGGAGGCGUAGAAACUUAGAUCUGAUAGCCUUCGGUUGCUGGGCGAUGCUCUGAGAGUUGUAGUCAAGCAGUUAUAUCUAAAUAAACAGUGUAGCUCUGUCUAAGAAACAGACAAGGUCAUUCUAGCAGCCACAGCCAUGGAAUAAUGGUUAUAACUUUAGCAGCAGACUAAAAGGCACAAUUGGAUGUGAGCAAUAUCAGUUUUUUUUCAAGGGAGGAUGAAAUGGCGGCCUUGUAUGUAGAGAAACUUGCCUUGGAUGGUCCAGUUGAGUUCUGACCCUUUUCCUUAUUGAAUUGCCUUAAUGGCGCUAAUUUGUUUGCCAGGAGUGUGCAUUUACACACUCAAGCAAACCCACUUACAGCCAAAUUGAUUGUUUUAAACAUUGAUUCAGCAGCCUUGAUGUCAGAACCCUUUUGGGUUGGCUGCAGUUUUGCAUUUUCUAAUUUUGCUAAGUCAUUUCCUAAGCAAAUGCAGUGUCCCUUUUGCAAAAUGACAAUAUUUAAAGCAGCACAAUAAACACGCUAGCACCCAGCAGGAUUACAUUCUUUAAAUGCACCCGUUGACAUUUUUAUUGAUUUACUUUGUUCACACCUGCCCUCUAAUCAAAAGUAAUUGUGAGCAAUAAAUUCAAGGAAACAUGGAAAGUAUAUAAGCCUCUAUGACAUAAUAAGCUUUCAAUUUCGGCCCCAAAUAGUUGAGCCGCUGCACUUUUUGGGUAGUGUUGCAGAUUAAAACAAUUUCAUACACACCACUCAUGUUUUAAUAGUGUUUCAGUACAAACCUGGUGGAGUAAGGUGGUAUUAUGCACCAUGGUGCUCCAUUCAUUGCACUCUCUGGCAUUUGUAGCUCUACAUUAAAGCAUAAUCCACAGACUGGCUCUUUAAUACAUUUACAGGGACAUACAUGAAGCAUAUUUAUAAAGGAAAUAGCUGCUUUUAGUCUGACGCAUUCGUGUGUCGCCCACAAUCCUACACACCAAAUGUGGGACUGAAAGGCGCCCUUUGUCUAACAUGGCACUGUCUACCUCGUGGGUCAGCAAAACUGGUUGGAGUUGGAACAUCUGAAAAAGAGCAGAGGGUCACAAAAAAUAUUACCCAUGUAGUUAAUUGCUGAUGCCUUUGCGUUCCGGUCUUGUGUUCAGGUACAGAAUUUAAAUGUCUGAUUAAAACGCAUAACUAGCCUGGGCACUGGGCGAUACCGAGUCCAUUGCUGUAUCCUAAAGACACAGUGUAAAUCUGGUGAAGAAUAAGUCCAGAGAGUUCCCAGCGUGCCCAGAAAGGCAUCCUUCCAAGUCCGAAUGCUGCGCCACAUGUAGAGCAGCGCUGGGUUUGCGCAGGAAAGAAAAGUGUUACUGCCAGUGAGAGUAGCCCCUUGCCAGCCUGCACAGAUACAGAGAGCCCUGAUUAGUGCUGGUUGUAGACUAAAAGUUCCAAAGUGUCUUUCACAGAAUGAAGUCAGAAGAAAAGUUCUACUCUGUGCAUUCAGUGAGCGCCUCAACCUUUGCUCAACUAGCCAUUCAUUUCUGUCACUGUUCUGCUGUGGGGGAUUUGCCUUUUUGUUUUGUGUGGCUCAUUCUAUCCGGGAUAUUCAUUAACUAGCAGCAAAAUUAUGUGUUGAGCCAGAAAACCAGUAGUAGUCGGAUUCCUUUGUAAUAAUUGCGCCUUAAAACGGCCCUUGUGAGCAUUGUAGAUAAGGGAUUCAUUCUGCCAUAGGUCUAAUGUUGCAAGGUUUCAGCAUUCAGCACAUAUUAUGCGCUAAAGGGAUGGCAAAGAGGUGUUUUAUUAAUUGAUGUUGCCGACUUUGCUAGAGAACAAAAGACAGUUGGGGAAAAGGUUGGGUCUAGACUCAUCAGUUGCUCGUUUUAUCCCAUAGUAAUAAUUGUGUAUGUAACACGUGGGUGGGUAUAAGUCGCAUUACGUUCUCUCCGGGUCUUUGCAUUAGAACUUGUGUAAUGUGUCUGGGAAGAUCCAAGGUUUUGUGUUGCCUGAAGUCUAGAAUUGUGAGCACUACUCACCCAGUUAUAUAGGAAGGUCGCAAGUACAGAAAUAGUCAGAAAUACAGAAAUAGUCAGGUCUGUCACCCUGGGCUCAAACACCAACUUGAUAUUGUGAACAAUAUCUCUUUAGAUGAAAUCGUUUUGCGUUUGUCAGAUAAUUAAAGGCCUUUUAGUAUCUACAGUGGGACAUGUGUUGUGUGUGGGAGUUAGCAUUGCCCCCACAAUGGGGCUCUAAUGGAUCCAAUGUGCUGAGCUUAGUUAAUCAGUCACCGAGUCUCCCCUCUCCACCUCACCAUUUCAUGGGCCGAUCUACUAAUGAUGGGGUCUUCUCAUGCAUAGGAUACAGCCUCCCCAUAGAAAUCAUCUCUCCAGCAGCUUGCUAGUAUCCUUGUAGUCUGACCAGCGAGGCCAUUGGAGGAGGAACGCCACGUGACAGAGGGGUGCCAAUGUUAUUCUUUACGGGUGUCAAGACCCUGUCAGUUUGUGAAAUAAAUAUUGGGAAACAACGAAAUGCAAAAAGCGACCUACUACGACAGCUCUGCGAUCUAUGGUGGAUAUCCCUACCAAGGAGCAAAUGGUUUCACUUAUAAUGCAAGUCAGCAGCAAUAUCCUCCUUCCUCAUCUCUGCUGGAAACUGAAUAUCAUCGACCUGCCUGCUCCCUGCAGUCACCUGGCAGCGCAGUGCCCCAUCACAAGGCCAAUGACAUCAACGAAAGUUGUAUGAGAACCAUUAACAGUCAAUCAAACCAAGCCCCGGUCAUUCCCGAGCAGCAGCCCACACCGCAAGGGCCGCCACCCUCUGUGUCCCCACCACAAACCACCAGCAAUGCAGCCACAGCCUCCUCCAACAAGGCCACAAGCAUCACCUCACCUACCAUGUCAAAGCAGAUUUUCCCUUGGAUGAAAGAAUCCCGACAGAACACGAAGCAGCAGAAAGCGGGCAGUUCGAGUUCAGGUGAGAGUUGUGCUGGAGACAAAAGCCCCCCGGGGCAAUCCUCUUCCAAGAGGGCCCGCACUGCUUACACAAGCGCUCAGCUGGUAGAACUGGAAAAAGAGUUCCACUUUAACAGAUACCUGUGCAGACCCAGGAGGGUGGAGAUGGCCAAUCUGCUCAACCUCACCGAGAGGCAAAUUAAGAUCUGGUUUCAGAACAGGCGAAUGAAAUACAAAAAGGAUCAAAAAGGGAAAUCCAUGAUGACCUCUUCAGGAGGGCAGUCACCAUGUAGGAGCCCAGUGCCGACUCCAUCUGUUGGAGGUUACCUAAACUCUAUGCAUUCUUUGGUAAACAGUGUCCCCUAUGAGCCUCAGUCUCCCCCAGCCUUUAACAAACACCACCCUAGCGCGUAUGGCGUGCCUGCACCCUACCCAAGCCCCCACAACAGCUGCCCUCCCCACCAAAAGAGAUACAGCGGGACUGCUGCGGUCACCCCUGAAUAUGAGCCACAUCCUCUCCAACAAAGCAGCGGAGCUUAUGGGAAUCCGCAUGUACAGGGAAGCCCCGUUUAUGUAGGGGGGAACUAUGUGGAGACCAUGACUAAUUCUGGACCAUCCAUGUUUGGUUUGUCUCAUCUCUCUCAUUCCUCAUCGAACAUGGACUACAGUGGAGCCGGACCCAUGAACAGUGGUCACCACCAUGGACCCUGUGACUCUCACCCUACAUACACGGACUUAUCUGCUCACCACAAUCCUCAGGGAAGAAUUCAGGAAGCCCCCAAAUUAACACAUUUGUAAUGAUCGUGGAGACAAAUAUUCCCCUUUUUUCCUACUUAUUUCUAUUUUACUUUCCAGUAACCCCCUUUAUUUUAUAUUCAAGAUUUUGCGUGAGUGUGUGUGCCAGUAAUAUUCAGUGCAAGAAAUACUGGCUCUUUCAGAUAUAACAUUGUGGCCCUUAGGAACCCGAUUUGGAACAAGUCUUUGUAUUUUAUUCGUCUCUUUUAUCAAACAGGGUAUAGCAACAAUUUUUAUAUGGGGAACAAAUUCUUCUUACAUGUGAAUUUGUUUGCACAUUUUCUUAACCCACAGGGAACCCAUUUAAAUUAUUAUUGCACUUCUAUUCAAUUGCUAGCCAAAUAUUAAAAAAAAACGCUUGAACAGGGACAUCCCGAUCCAUAAUUAUACGUGUAAAUCAUUUAAUGUGUGUAUUCUGCUGCAUAUACUCCGGUUAAUUUAUUAUAUUUUCAUGGAAAAAAAAGAAUCAACAAAACUAUCGAACUGUUUACAUCUUAUUUAUCCCAUCCUUCAUAUUUAUAAACAAUAUAUACCCUUGCUAUUCAGGUCAGGCUCUGGGCCUUCAGUUAAUGGCACAGGCAGUGCUUUUGAAAAAAAAUUCUCAUUAAAGAUGCAAUAAAAUCUGAGAGAAUAUUAA